CUUAUAAUAACUGCAACUACUUCAAAAAUUUCUAGGAAAGUUUUCUGAGCUCUGGGUUUUAAGAUGAAGCUAAGGACAUUAUUUAUCACUUGCUUACUACUUUGGUUACUGAUGUUACUAUCAUUAUUCAUCAUCUUCAACCACCAGCUUCUUGAUGCUAUGACCAUCAACGGUCCAAGGGAUUCAGGGAAACCAAGGGAGGAUAAACUCUUAGGAGGGCUGCUUACUGAAGAGUUUGAUGAAGGUUCUUGCUUGAGUAGGUACCAGUCUUCAUUGUACCGCAAGCCAUCACCUUACGAGCCUUCUCACUAUCUUGUCUCCAAGCUUAGAAGCUAUGAGAUGCUUCACAAGCGUUGCGGUCCAGGCACAGAAGCCUACAAGAGAGCAACAGAGCAGCUUGGUCAUGACAGUAGAUCCGCUGGUGAAUGCAGAUACAUUGUGUGGGUUGCUGCUUACGGGCUUGGAAACAGAAUACUAUCUCUAGUUUCUGCAUUCCUCUAUGCUCUCUUGACAGAGAGAGUCCUUCUCGUUGACCAACGCACAGACAUAACACAUCUCUUCUGUGAGCCUUUCCCUGGUACUUCCUGGUUACUCCCUCUUGAUUCUCCUUUGAUGGGUCGGUUAGAUAGUUCACGCUGUUACGGAACAAUGCUGAAGACUCAUGCCAUUAACUCGACUAUAAGAACCACCCCGUCCUACCUCAGUCUAUAUCUUAUGCAUGACUAUGAGGAUCAUGAUAAGAUGUUCUUCUGUGAAAGAGAUCAGAAUCUCAUCAGACAAGUCUCUUGGCUGGUCUUCAACUCAAACAUGUACUCUGUCCCAUCUCUCUGGUUGAUCCCUAGCUUCCAAACCGAACUCAUCAAGCUGUUCCCACGGACAGAUACAGUCUUCCACCAUUUAGGUCGCUAUCUUCUCCACCCUACAAACCAAGUAUGGGGUUUGAUCACUAGGUUCUACAACGCCUACUUAUCAAGAGCAGACGAGACACUCGGAGUUCAAGUACGAGUACUAACCAACCCCGCCGGAUACUUGGAGCAUGUCAUGAACCAGAUCCUAGAAUGCACCAAGCGAGAGAAACUAUUACCUGAAGUGGCUGCCACUAAUAAAACAUCAACAAGCCCGAAGCUCAAAGCUGUUCUUGUCACAUCACUUUACCCAGAGUACUCGGAGAAGCUAAGGAACAUGUACUGGGAAAGCCCGAGUUCGACAGGAGAGAUGGUACAAGUUCACCAACCAAGCCAAGAAAUGUAUCAGCAGACAGACGAGAAGCUACACGACCAAAAGGCGUUCGCUGAGAUGUACCUGUUAAGCCUAACUGAUAAACUUGUCACAAGCGGCAUAUCUACGUUCGGAUACGUUGCUCAAGGUCUCGGAGGAUCAAAAGCAUGGAUACUCUACAGGCCAACGAACCACUCAACUCCCGACCCACCAUGCGUUAAAGCCGUGUCGAUGGAGCCGUGUUUCCAUAGACCUCCUCCGCUCUAUGGUUGUCAAGCUGAGCCAGUGAAUAGCACCGGUUUUGUUACGCGUUGUGAGGAGUGGAUCACGGGGAUUAAGCUAGUUGAUUCAGAAUAUGUGUUUUGAUUGUAAGCUCUCGUUUUAUUAUACGUUCAUCAGUGUAGCUUGAAAUCUAAAAAUUAUCCACUAAAGAUUGUUAGCCGUCAUUGUGAGGUUUGUCUUCGAGAGAAGCUGAAACAGAGUAAUUCAUUUUCAUGAUCUAGCUUAUAUGAACCAAAUAUUAUCGUGUACUACUCAAGUAGUUUCACAAGAAGAAUCCAAAUUCAAUAUUAUCAGAGAGUCAGAAACUUAAGGCUGUUCUUGUGACAACCCGUCCUGCGGAACCAUCUGCCUGUAGAUCCAAAUUCACAGCGCUGCAUCGCACCGACCCCAACCCCUCCAUUAUGAGUUAUCACUAACUUCAUAAUUAGGCUAUUGGUGAGGUUCGAACCCCGACCUUACCCUUUAACAACUCUCCCACAGGACAAGCUGUCACCAGAACAUUCAUCACUUGCUUUGUAGUCUGCUCCAUGCUUCUACUUGCAUAUUCUAACAUCUUCAAUCACCAUCCAUCGGAUCUUGUUGACAAAAGGAACGAUAUAAAGGAUCUCUUCUGCGAGCCUUUUCCAGAUACUUCCUGGUUACUCCCUCUUGAGUUUCCAUUGAAAAAUCAGAUAGAUAGGUUUAACUGGCGCUCACCACAUUCUCACGGUAACAUGUUGAAGCAUCAUGUGAU